GAUGGAUGGGUGGACUCCUUGCCACCAAGCAUUCGACACUUUAAUGUGCGAUUGCACGACUUGCGGGAGCUGAACGACCCCCAUGAAGGGGCGUUCGGGACUUGCACUGGUCGCCACACAGGAAUCCUUGAGGGGAUCCUGAACUCGCGCUCGGGACGUCACCUCUUGACUCUCUGCUUCGUGGACAUCGAGAAGGCCGUCGAGGGGCACAAGCAAACGAUCAUCCUGCCUUUCUGCAUGUCGAACCGUCACCGCAGCGUAGCCAUGGGCACGCUUAUCAGUGCGGGGCUCUACGUUCGUGGGAUGGACCAUUUUGUUGGCCAUCUCCAUGCCAACGAGAGCUGGGCUGACAUGAAGUGCGGCGGCAAGUGCGCAAGAUGCCGCGGGCACUUCGAUGAUGCCGAAGCCACCGCGCUUGGCAACCGGGCGCUGGCACAGCUGGACCCGCAGAUGGCGAGGAAGAGAAGCAGUACUCCAAACAAGCAGCCCAGAGAAGGCGAGAUUCUGGAGCUCAAGGACCGCAAUGCGGCCUUGGAGUUGAGGAGUGUAACAACUGGUUUCAAGAACAGCAGGAGGAGUACCGAGUCGUGGCCGGUCUACCCGCGGGAGAUCACCGUCUGCAAAAUGGGCGUCCGUUCUGUCACACCAAUCCGCAAGGGUGGUGCUCCUGGGAGCUCUGGCGACGGCGACUACAGUACUUCUUUUGGAGACGGUCACGAUACUACGGAAGCCAUCGAAGAAGAGACCCUGAGUGUCGUACCUGGAAUUGACGACAAUCCUGACGACGCCACUUCCUGGGCAGCCGGUCUCUCGUUCCCCGACAUGAUGGACCUCGCGCGGGGCCAUCAAAAGGGACCUCAAUGA